AUGGUCCGGGAGCAACCGGACAUAAUAAAAAAGGAGACGGUUGCAAGGGAAAUAGAGACUAACCUCCGUGAUACCCCUUGCAAUAACGAAAAAGGGAGGAAUGGCAUGGAGGAAAGUCGGAAUAAGCCCUCCGCAUCCUCGCAGGCUAUCGAUGUUGGGGGCAAGUCUUCCGAGAUGCACCGUGGGGCCAGAAGGGAGAAGCCCUCCUAUCUGCCAUCACUGGGUCAAACUGGAGGCUUGGAUGAUCCGAGGAGACGAGGACUCAGCGAUGCAGUUGUCAGAUGGUACCUGCGCUUCCUGGAGCAGGGAAAAUCACCUGAUGCGGCUAGGAAACUGGCGGAAGAAACGAAGAGGCCUAUUGAAGACGUACCUCCACUGGCACCGGGGGGUAAGAGUGGACUUGAAUCCUUGACACCCCAAGAAGAGCAGGCCAAAAUAAGGAAGACGGCUGAAAGAAGGAAUAUGGGAAUGCACCUCAUACCUUCCACCUCGAAAACGGAACCGGGCACUAGCUAUACCACGGCCGCCAAAAUUGUGAAGGUGGCAGUUCUGUCGAGGGAAUAUCCCUCCAUAAUGCUGACCCAGCAGGAGCUCACCCAGCUGGAGAAGGCGACAAUCGACGAGGUAGCCAAGGGCUGGGAUAACAUCAUCCAAUUUGAAGGAAUACACUUAAGGCCCGGGAUGGUACUCGUCGAUUGUGCAGAUGAGGAGACAGCUGAAUGGCUGAUCAAGCGAGUGUCAGUUCUUGGUACAUGGAGCGGACCAGAAUUGAUGGCAAGGAAGGGAGAUGACAUCCCUAAGUCUUGUGUAAUCACUGUCUUCGUCCCCAGGAGCGGGGGCCAAGCCUAG